AUGCUGUGCCAGAGGCGCAUGCAGGUGGUGCUGGCCAUGUGCCUGCUGCUGGUCCUGUGGCAAUGUUUCCGAGCCCCCACGGAUGGCCUCAGCACCUUCCCUUGGGCUCCCUCCUUCCUCGAUGCCCCUGCUGCCCGCUGCACCGCCGGCACCAACAGCUCUGCAUGGUUCAAUGCCCGCUACAACAGGACCAUGGGGCCUCUGCUGACGGGCGCAGCGCACGAGAUCUCCUCUGACGUGGUUCAGUGGUGGCUGACACUUCAGGGUCCCCCGAGUGGUGUCCAGCUCCAGGACACAAUUCGGAAGCUCUUCACUGUCCUCCGGGCCCCAACCGGCAGCAUAUGGGACCCAUCUCACUGCAGAACUUGUGCGGUGGUAGGGAACUCGGGGUGGCUGAAGGGGUCUGGCCACGGGCCGCAGAUCGACGCCCAUGACUGGGUGCUGAGGAUGAACAGAGCGAAGAUUGCUGGCUUUGAGCUGGAUGUUGGCAUGAGAACAACCCAUCACUUCAUGUACCCAGAGAGUGCGGUGGACCUUGGGCCUGGCAUCCACCUCGUCCUCAUCCCCUUCAAGCCACUGGACCUGCAGUGGGUGGCCAGUGCCUUCUCCACGGGCGAGCUCACGCACACAUAUAUGAGAGUGAAACAGUUCAUCAAAGCUGACCAAAACAAGGUGCUGAUCCUGAGCCCAGCAUUCCUCAAGUACAUCCAUGACAACUGGACACAGUGCCGUGGUCGGUACCCCUCCACCGGCUUCACGGCCCUGCUCUUCGCCUUGCACGCUUGCCAGCAGGUCUCCGUGUUUGGCUUCGGGGCAGAUGGUGAAGGGAACUGGCACCACUACUGGGAGAAAAACCGCUGGUCCGGAGCUUUUCGCAGGACAAGGGUCCACGACGCUGACAUUGAAUUCAGCAUCAUCGAGAGACUGGCAGCCGAAGGCAGGAUUUUAUUCUACAAAUGA